AUGCAGUCUCUAAUUGCUCAGCAGCAAUCCAACUUCCUUGUUGCUACAAUGAGCAAGUAUUCUUCUGCAGUGAAGAAUAUGGAGCAAACAGUCAUGCUUCCCAGCCUCCUUCAAGACAUCCCUUUGGAGGACCAAGAUGAAGCUAAAGAUGCCACAGCCAGUUCACAGAACUUGUAUGAAUGCUAUACCCUGCUGAAAUCCAUCAAAAACACCGUGGAGAGCGGUCCACUGCCAUUUGAAGAUUUAAAAAGGAAAAUCAACAGUGCCUAUGACCUGGAAAAUGAAGAUGAGGCUAAUUUAGAGAAACUUUUCUAUGUCCAUGUGAAGGGGCUCUGCGCUGUGUUGAAUACACUGACCAAAAAAGCCAACACGCUGACCAGUAGGUACGAGGACAUGAUAGGAUUUUCUUCAUAG